CAUCUUUGUUUCCGGGAAUUGAUUUAAAUUCCAACUGAGAAUUACUGAUAGGAGGUUUUGUUCUGGUUUUUGAAGUGUUCUUCACAAUCUAGAAUUUUUUGUUGUAGCUUUUGCCUUUCAAAAUGACUGUUGGUGCUGGGAUCUCUGUUGCUGAUGGGAGCUUGACGGUUCUGGGAAAUCGCAUUCUGACCGAUGUUAAGGACAACAUCAUUUUAACGCCGGCCAGUGGCGAUGGUCUGAUCAAUGGUGCUUUCAUCGGUGUUAGAUCUGAUCAGUAUGGAAGCCGUCGAGUCUUCCCUGUGGGCAAGCUUUUAGGAUUGCGUUUCAUGUGCGUUUUCCGCUUUAAGAUGUGGUGGAUGACACAGAGAAUGGGUUCUUCGGGCAAAGAUAUACCCUGUGAGACGCAGUUUUUGAUUGUUGAAGGACAAGAUGGAUCCCAUUUUGGUGAGGGAAGAGAAGAGGGUGGAGGUCAAUCUGCUGUCUACACCGUUUUCUUACCCAUUCUUGAGGGAGCCUUCAGAGCAGUUCUUCAAGGGAACGCAAAUGACGAGCUGGAGAUCUGUUUGGAAAGUGGAGAUCCUGCUGUCGAUGGAUUUGAAGGGAGCCAUUUGGUUUUCAUGGCAGCUGGAUCAGACCCAUUUGAUGUUAUCACAAAUGCAGUAAAAACUGUUGAGAAGCACUUGCAGACUUUUUCACAUCGUGAGAAGAAGAAGAUGCCAGACAUGCUCAACUGGUUUGGCUGGUGCACCUGGGAUGCAUUCUAUACAGAUGUUACGGCUGAGGGAGUGAAACAAGGAUUAGAAAGCUUGGAGAAAGGUGGAAUUCCCCCAAAGUUUGUUAUAAUUGAUGAUGGAUGGCAAUCGGUUGGCAUGGAUGCUACUGGGAUUGCAUCUCAAAAACAAGAUGCAGCAAACUUUGCUAACAGGUUAACUCAUAUCAAAGAAAACCACAAAUUUCAGAAAAAUGGUAAAGAGGACCACAGAGAAGAUGAUCCGGCAAUGGGACUUGCCCAUAUUGUUACUGAGAUCAAAGACACGCAUGCUCUAAAGUAUGUUUAUGUGUGGCAUGCGAUAACGGGAUACUGGGGUGGUGUUAAGCCUGGUGUUGGGGAAAUGGAACACUAUGAGUCUAAGAUGACAUACCCAGUUGCGUCUCCGGGAGUUCAGUCCAAUGAGCCUUGUGUGGUUGUUGAUACCGUUACUGCAAAUGGCCUUGGCCUCGUGAACCCUGAGAAAGUUUAUAACUUCUACAAUGAACUCCACUCUUAUCUUGCAUCAGCUGGCAUUGAUGGUGUCAAAGUAGAUGUUCAGAACAUUCUUGAGACUCUAGGAGCUGGCCAUGGUGGAAGAGUCAAACUUGCGAGAAAGUACCAUCAGGCAUUGGAGGCUUCAAUUGCUAGAAACUUUCCAGAUAAUGGCAUUAUCUCUUGUAUGAGUCACAACACAGAUGGUUUGUACAGCUCAAAGCGGACAGCAGUGAUACGAGCAUCAGAUGAUUUCUGGCCCAGAGAUCCAGCUUCCCACACGAUUCAUAUUGCGUCUGUGGCUUAUAAUACCGUCUUUCUUGGUGAAUUUAUGCAGCCAGACUGGGAUAUGUUCCAUAGUCUUCAUCCUAUGGCAGAAUACCAUGGAGCAGCUCGUGCAGUAGGAGGGUGUGCGAUUUAUGUGAGUGACAAGCCUGGACAGCAUGAUUUUAAUCUAUUGAGGAAGCUUGUACUUCCCGAUGGAUCUAUCUUGCGAGCUAGACUUCCAGGAAGACCUACAAGGGAUUGCUUGUUUUCAGAUCCUGCCAGAGAUGGAAAGAGUCUUCUGAAGAUAUGGAAUCUGAACAAUUUCUCUGGAGUCUUGGGGGUUUUCAACUGUCAGGGAGCUGGGUGGUGUAGGGUUGGAAAAACGAACCUGAUACAUGAUGAACAACCAGCAACUAUUACAGGGGUUAUCCGUUCAAUGGAUGUUGAUUAUCUACCUAAAAUUGCUGAGGAGGGAUGGAAUGGAGAUACCAUCAUUUACUCCCAUCUGGCUGGAGUGCUAGUUUAUCUUCCAAAGAAUGCAUCUCUGCCGAUCACACUGAAUUCACGGGAAUAUGAAGUUUUCACAGUGGUUCCUGUCAAGAAGUUGUCUAAUGGAGCUUCUUUUGCACCCAUUGGUCUAGUUGAGAUGUUCAAUUCUGGAGGAGCCAUUAAAGAAUCGAGGUAUGAAUCUGAGAAAAGCUCAAAAAUUGAUAUGAAAGUUUGCGGUUGCGGCAAAUUCUGUGCCUAUUCAUCAACUAGGCCCAGGAAGAUAACAGUUGAUACAGAGGAAGUAGAAUUUACAUAUGAGGAAGCAUCUGGUUUAGCAAUCCUUGUUUUGAGAGUUCCAAAGGAGGAAUUAUACCUGUGGAACGUAAUGAUAGAACUGUAACUGGCUAAUGCAAUUCUUUUUUUAUCUAGGGAGUAUAGUUUAGAUACAAUGUAAAGCCUGGGGUUUCUCCAUUGUA